AUUGUUCGUCAUGUGUCUGAAAUUCCGGAACUGAAGCGACAAGUGGCAUUCAGGCCCAGAUUGAGUUUUGCUCACGCCUCCCUCACGCCUCCCUCACGCCUCUGCCCGGGUUUAUCACCAUGUCCAAGCUCAGUGGGGGCAUGGCCCAAGCCUCGCCUAACGCUAGCUAUCAUCAAAGCUACGGCGAUGGCGGUGCGGCUAGCCCGGCUAGUACGGGCUCGACGACGGGUUUUGGUUCGCAGAGCGGAGUCAUGGAAGCCGUGGAAAUGGAUCCAGCCUCGGGGGCGUCGAUUUUUCAUGCGGAUGGCUUCAAGAAACAAUUAAAAAAUUGGUGUACGUGUAUUUGACACGCUAUGCCGAGGAGCAGCAGGACGUGGCCCUUCUAUCGAUUUCCACGUUCCAACGGGCACUCAAGGAUCCAAAUCAGUUGAUCCGCGCCUCGGCUUUGCGGGUGCUCUCGUCCAUUCGGGUCACCAUGAUCGUGCCCAUCAUGAUGCUAGCCAUUCGAGAUUCGGCCGUGGACAUGUCAGCGUUUGUGCGCAAGACCGCCGCCCACGCCAUUCCCAAGUUGUAUAGUUUGGACCCGGAUCAAAAGGAUGAGUUGGUCAAUAUCAUCGAGAAGUUGUUAGGCGAUCGGACCACUUUGGUGGUGGGUUCGGCCGUAAUGGCGUUUGAGGAGGUUUGUCCCGAGCGAAUCGAGCUCAUCCACAAGAACUUUCGUAAGUUGUGCAAUCUGUUGGUGGAUGUCGAGGAAUGGGGCCAGGUCGUAAUCAUCGGCAUGUUGACUCGAUAUGCACGCACUCAGUUCUUGGAUCCCAAUGCCGGCGAUGAGUUGGACGAGUUUGAAGAAAGCUCUCGGGAUUUCUAUGCUAGUUCCGAAGAGGAAGACCGGAAAAAGACCAGUUCGAAUCAGGAGGGGGCCAAAAAACGAUCCCGGCCCAAAAUGGACCCCGACCACCGCUUGUUGUUCCGUAGCACAAAGCCUUUGCUCCAAAGUCGGAAUGCAUCUGUGGUGAUGGCAACGGCCCAACUCUACCAUCACACCGCACCUAAAGCUGAGGUUCAAGUGGUGGCCAAGGCUCUGAUUCGUCUUUUGAGGUCUCACAAAGAGAUUCAGGCCGUCGUUUUGAAUUGUAUUGCAUCGAUGACGUCGACCAAGACCAGAAACAAUAUGUUCGAGCCCCAUUUGAGGAAUUUUUUCGUUCGAAGUUCCGAUCCGACGCACAUCAAGAUCUUAAAGCUGGAAAUCAUCACCAACUUGGCCAACGCUGGGAAUAUUGGAAUCAUUCUACGAGAAUUUCAAUCAUACAUCACUUCUCAGGACAAAUUUUGCAUUGCUGCCACGAUUCAAGCCAUUGGUCGUUGUGCAUCGACAAUUGACGAGGUCACCGACACUUGUCUCAAUGGAUUGGUGCAUCUCCUAUCGAACCGGGAUCAAGCGGUUGUGGCUGAAUCUGUGGUGGUCAUUAAGAAGCUGUUGCAAAGCCAGACUGGUGAUCACAAGGAGAUCAUUACCCACAUGGCGAAACUGGUGGAUUCCAUUCAGGUCCCAGCCGCUAGAGCUGCCAUCGUUUGGGUUUUGGGCGAGUAUUGCGAACGCGUGCCUAAGAUCGCUCCUGAUGUUUUGAGGAAGAUGGCCAAAUCGUUUGUUAACGAGACUCCAGAGGUCAAGACGCAAACCCUGAACUUGGCACUCAAGCUCUGCCUGACGAAUCCAGGACAAACCAAGCUGAUUGCUCAGUAUGUUUUUAAUUUGGCCAGAUAUGACCAGAACUAUGACAUACGUGAUCGAGCCCGAUUUAUGAGAGUUUUCGUCUUCCCUCCUCCUGGACAUGAGACCAACAAGCUGCUCCUAAAUGCCAAGAACAUUUUCCUGGCCACGAAACCCCCACCAGUGACCGAAUCCAAGUUCAAGGAUCGAGAAGUUUACCAGCUCGGGUCGUUAUCUCACUUCCUCAACAUUCGAGCCAAUGGAUAUCAGGAUCUGCCGAGUUUCCCCGACGUGGCACCGGAUUCAUCUCUUCGCAACGUGGAACCCAUUAAGGUCCCCAAUCCCUGGGAAAAAAGUUUAGACAAGCUGAAAAAGAAAUCUACCUUCUAUUCAGAGUCCGAUGGAGAGUCGGGGACCUCUGAUUCCUCAUCGUCCUCGUCUGGGAAUAACUCUUCAGAGUCAUCCUCAUCCGAAGAUGAAUCUGACCAUGGAGAUGCAUCCACACGAACUCUCAAGCAGGCAAUUCCGGCUACAACCAUUGUCAACGGCGAGAGCAAGAAGGCCCCGAAGAAAGAUGAAGAGGAGAUGGAGAGUUCGUCAGAGUCCUCCGACGAAAGCUCUUCAUCCGAGAGUAGUUCGUCGGAAGACGAAACAUACCCCUCUGCUCGAGGGAACAGACCAGCCGUUGCUCAGAGUAAUCUGGACCUCUUGUUGGAUCUGAGUGAAGCUCCUCCGGCUUCUGGUACACCCAUGCUAACGCCAUCGAUUGGUGGCUUUUUAUCUCCGUCGAAUGCGCCAAAUGCCAAGACCCUAUCAGAAUCUAUAAGUGAGGCCGAAGUGAAUUUCUAUCCUACGAAAUCACAUCAGCUCUUGAGCAAGAUGUCCACAGGUGGCCUUCAAGUGUCUUAUCGUUUCACCCGAUCAUCACUUCUUUAUUCAUCUUGCAUGUGUAAUGUUGAAUUGACACUCAGCAACCUGGGGGAUGCCGAGUUAAUCGAUGUCAAAAUCGGCGCCAAGCAAAUGGCCCCUGGGAUGUCUUUAAAAGAAUUUCCGGGGAUUGCAUCCAUGGAUCCAGGUCAAACUGCAGUCGUGAACGUGGGGAUUGACUUCAAUGACACCACUCAAGGUGCCAAGUUCAGUCUCGUGGCGAGCGGGAGAUGCUUUCAGGUAACCUUGAACCCAAUUAUGGGCGAGUUGGUGAAACCCGUGAGCAUGCCCGAGGGCCUGUUCAAUUUGGAACAAGGCAAGCUGAAAGGCAUGAACGAAACGGAGACCAAGGUCACUUUACCCGAGGCCAACGCCAAUCUAGAAACCAUCAAGAAGAAGAUCUUUGAGGGGGUUAACGUGGCCCAAGUGCCCUCCUCGGAAGAUGAUACCUUAAAAUUUGUCGCCAAAACCUUGAGCGCCCAAGUCUUGGUUUUGAUCCGAGCCAAAUUCAAUCCGGAGGGCAAUCACUUGCGAUUGAAUUUUAACUGCGAGAAAAUUGUGGUGGGCAGCAUGCUGGGCAAAGAAUUGAAAGUGGCUCUCGAGUCCACAUAAUGUGAUAAUAUCUUAUGCUUCAUCUGUAUCACAACAUUAAAGAGGAUUGAGCAAAUCUA